UGUGGUUGCGUCACUAGACCAGAAGACGUCAGCGUGGCAGGUAUAUAAGAUGAUGUGUGGAGACGGAAGGCAGCAGUACGACUCUCACAUCAACACUUCAUCAUGGCUCGUGCUCUGUCGGUUGUUCUGGCGUGCGCUGCAGUUGUUCUUUGUGAACCUCCUCCUCCACAUCCAUAUAGCUACCCAACCCCUUCCUAUGGCCCACCACCCGCCUACGGCCCCCAGCCUUCCUACAAGCCGGCCUACUGUGACCCAACAAAACCUCCAUCCUGCGCUGCCGGCUCCCACUUGCCCUACUGCUUAGAUGAUCCAGAAUAUCCAGAGUAUGACAUAAAAAAUGCCAUUACUGCUGACCAUCUCUUCGCCAAGAAAUACGCUGAUGUGGCCGACCAGUCGGCUGAUGACCUGGUUGAAUAUGUGACCAAGAAGCAGGAAGAAGGCUUUGACUACUCUUAUUAUACUGGUGCCUCCACUGGUAAGUCUCCCUAUGAUGCCACCCACUGGGCUGGUCCCCAGGGUUACAUCUGUCCUUCCCACGUGGCCUAUGCCAGGCCCAGGCGUGCCCAGAAUGUGGAGGGCCAGUGGCGUGUUAUUGUGAACGAUGUUCACUACUACACCCAGACGGCCCGCCUGGAGACCUGCUUGUACCCUAAUGCUGCCUGCCGUGCUCUUGCUCCCUGCUACAAGAGCAGCUGUGUCCAGAAAUAUGUCUACCACCGCCUCCUCUCCUUUGACCCCUGCGAUCACUACAAGGGUCUCUUCAUCGACAUCUACAAACUGCCAUCCGCCUGCUCCUGCCACAUCCCCGCCUAAGAAGUUUCACUAAUGAGAUUUUACUUAGAACCUUCAUGCCACGACAGAGCGACCGACUUUCCCUGAAACUUUAACCUCUGCCGCGAAGGAGAAGCCCCGAGAUGACUGGAGAACUGCUUUCUUUACGUACCAUCAACAAUAAUGCCAGGGACUCCCGGGACGCUCCUCGUUGCUCCUCUUACUUCUCUUUCCUCUUAUUGAUGGCCAUGUGAGUGCCAGAUGCGAGA